AAUCGAAGAAGAUGUUGCUACGAAUCUCUGGUAACAGUCUGAGACCUUUGACAACUCACUUUCUCGCUCUCCGUAGCUCUUGCUUAUCAACUUCACCGGACCCUCCUAGAGUACCAAAUCUUAUUGGAGGUUCUUUUGUUGACUCUCAAUCAUCAUCACAUAUCGAUGUUAUCAACCCUGCUACACAAGAGGUUGUUUCCAAAGUUCCAUUGACUACUAAUGAAGAGUUUAAGGCGGCGGUAUCCGCUGCGAAGCAAGCGUUUCCGUUGUGGAGAAACACGCCGAUUACUACCAGGCAGCGUGUUAUGCUCAAGUUUCAAGAGCUUAUACGCAAGAAUAUGGAUAAACUUGCUAUGAGCAUUACGACCGAGCAAGGGAAGACGUUAAAGGAUUCCCAUGGUGAUAUCUUCCGUGGGUUAGAGGUUGUGGAGCAUGCCUGUGGAAUGGCAACUUUACAGAUGGGUGAAUAUGUCCCCAAUGUAUCUAAUGGAGUUGAUACAUAUAGUAUUAGGGAGCCAUUAGGUGUCUGUGCUGGCAUUUGUCCCUUCAACUUUCCAGCCAUGAUUCCUUUAUGGAUGUUUCCAGUUGCAGUGACAUGUGGUAAUACCUAUAUUCUUAAGCCAUCAGAGAAGGAUCCUGGUGCUUCUGUAAUACUUGCGGAAUUGGCAAUGGAAGCUGGAUUACCUGACGGGGUUCUCAAUAUCGUUCAUGGCACUAAUGAUACUGUGGAUGCUAUCUGUGAUGAUGAAGAUAUAAGAGCUGUUUCUUUUGUUGGCUCGAACACAGCUGGAAUGCAUAUAUAUGCAAGAGCAGCAGCGAAAGGCAAACGUAUUCAGUCAAAUAUGGGGGCGAAAAAUCAUGGACUUGUCUUGCCUGAUGCCAACAUCGAUGCUACUUUAAAUGCGCUACUUGCUGCUGCGUUUGGUGCCGCUGGACAGAGAUGCAUGGCACUGAGUACAGUGGUAUUUGUAGGCGAUGCAAAAUCAUGGGAGGAUAAACUCGUUGAACGAGCAAAAGCCCUUAAAGUCACAUGUGGGUCAGAACCAGAUGCAGACCUGGGUCCUGUGAUUAGCAAACAGGCCAAAGAAAGGAUAUGCCGCUUGAUUCAGUCUGGUGUGGACGAUGGUGCUAAAUUGCUGCUUGACGGAAGAAAUAUUGUGGUUCCAGGAUAUGAGAAAGGGAAUUUCAUCGGUCCUACCAUUUUAUCUGGUGUUACUCCAGACAUGGAGUGUUACAAGGAGGAAAUCUUUGGUCCCGUUCUUGUAUGCAUGGAGGCAAGCAGCUUUGAUGAGGCCAUAUCCAUAAUAAAUAAAAACAAGUAUGGGAACGGUGCUGCGGUUUUUACUUCGUCGGGGGCAGCAGCAAGAAAGUUUCAGAUGGAAAUUGAAGCAGGACAGAUCGGUAUUAAUGUUCCAAUCCCGGUUCCAUUACCGUUCUUCUCCUUCACUGGGAACAAGGCCUCUUUUGCCGGAGAUCUUAACUUCUAUGGCAAAGCAGGAGUGGACUUUUUCACUCAGAUCAAGACAGUGACACAACAGUGGAAGGAUAUUCCAACUUCGGUAUCUCUUGCAAUGCCUACUUCGCAAAAGCCAUAACUAAAGCCAAGUCCAACAAAUUACUUUUCCCUUUGGAUCUCAAUUCAAUUUCAUUGAACCCUUUGUUUUUUUUUUUCUUUUUCUCAAUGCUUUUAUAUUAUUUUCCUAUGCGUAGUCCUAGAGCUGUUAGCAAUGGAUCUCAACAAAUUACUUUUCUUCUUUUUUUUUAGUCGCUAUGAUAAAAAACUAGUACUCAACUAGUUAUCAUGGGAAAAGUAACAAAAUAAAACUUCAUAUUUGCAUAA